AUGGCGGUGCCUGACCGUGAAAUGCUUGUGAAGGCACAUUUUGCCCCCUUGACAGACAAAGGUGUCGAAACUGAAGUCUUGGAGUACAUCACUGCGUUGGCAGUUGACCUCCUGCAGGAAGCUUCUGACCGGAAAGAGGUUGAAGAGGACCUUGAAGGUGCAUUGCUGCCACACCUUGAAGGUGUAGAUGGCGUUGAAGAUACAGCUGCCUUUUUGUCCCAACUUCUAGAUAGCGUCUUCCCUCAGAAGAAAGUCCCAAAGGCUGCAGCCAAAACGGCUGCGAAAGGGAAGGAUGCUGACAAUGGCAAUUUGGUUUGCCACAUUCCGAAUCUGAUCCUUAUGUACGGUGGCAGUGUCAAGCCGCUCCUGAGCAACACAGCCUUCGAGCUGAGACGUGGACGACGCUAUGGCAUUGUCGGCCAGAAUGGGGCUGGCAAGACAACCCUGAUGUCAAGGGUGGCUGUGGGAGAUUUGCCCGGCAUGGAGAAGCUCAAAUGCUACCACUUAGAGCAUGAGGGCAUCUUGGAUAACAUCGACCGGAAGACCAGUUGUAGUGAAUUUGUUCAACUGAAGUGCAGUGGACUUGAUGCGAUCGUCACCGACGACUGUUUGCAUUCUGUGGGCUUUGAUGAGGCAAUGUUCAGCAAGGCCGUGGGUGAGCUUAGCGGAGGUUGGAAGAUGAGACUGGCCCUGGCUUGCGCUGUGGCACAGGGCGCCGAUGUCUUCCUGCUGGAUGAGCCGACGAAUCACUUAGACUCUGUGGCUGUCAAGUGGUUGCAGAACUACUUAGUGGCACAGGGCGAGCGCAUCACCGCGAUGAUCAUCUCCCACGAUGCUGGUUUCUUGAACCAUGCGUGCACAGAUAUCGUCCACUUCACCAAGCAGGGGAAGUUGGAAUAUUACGAAGGAAACUUUGAUGCCUUCAGGCAAAAGACCCAAUUGGAUGCUGAAGGUGCCAAGGAUGUUUUGAAAGUCCGAGGGCAUGAAGGAAAGAUUGACACGGCCGUGCCGCCCCCAGAGACCAAGCCUCCAGAGAUUGAUGGAGAUGAUGAGAUGCGAUUUCCUUUGCCGGGUAAGAUUGAAGGCCUUGGCACUGCGAGCAAGCCCGUGGCAACUGUGACCAACCUAAAUUUCAAAUACUUCGAUGAUGGUCCACUGGUGCUCAAAGAUGUGACGGUUCGACUGACUAUGGGCAGCCGGAUUGGAGUUGUGGGCCGGAACGGCGCUGGUAAAUCCACGUUGUUGAAUUUGCUAGCUGGCGAGCUUCUACCACCAGAGGAUGAAACGGGAGAGGUCAGUUCUGUGUGGCGGCACCGAAAUCUUCGACUUGCCUACAUCGCGCAGCAUCACUUCUUCCAUCUCUCUGAGUUCCUGAAGAGCACGCCCCUGCACUACUUCCAGGUGCGUUUCAGGCAUGGUUGGGAUGCAGAGACUCAAAGAAGGUUGACCCUGCCACAGAGUGAUGAAGAGGCCCAGUAUCGCAAGGACAUGGCCGUAAAGCACGGCAAGAGAAGCAAGGAGGUCGAAGAGCUGCUUUCGCGACAGAAGAGAGGGAAGCAAAUCCUCUACGAAGUCAAAUGGAAAGGCCUAGAUGAUCCAAAGCAGAACACCUACGAGCCUAUGACAAAACUGCGGCUCUUGGGAGUGGAAAAGAUGUGUGCGGCAUUGGAUGACCGCAUUGCCUGUGCUGACACCGCCUUGCGACCCCUGAGCACCAGGGAAAUCGUGAAGCAUCUGGAGCCAUUUGGCAUUUCAGAGCACAUGACGUGUCAUCGGAUGAUCGAAACUUUCUCCGCUGGGCAGAAGAGUAAACUGAUGAUGGCAGCCGCCAUGUGGACCAAACCUCAUGUGAUUGCGUUUGAUGAGCCGACCAACUAUCUAGAUUUUCAGACGGUGAAUGCACUCGCGAAGGCGAUCAAACUGUUUAAGGGUGGCACUAUCGUUGUAACUCACAACCAGGAUUUCCUCAAGGAGACCUGUGAUGAGAUUUGGAACGUUGAAGACGGCCGAGUCAGCAUUGAAGGCAAAGAUGGUGCGCUGAAGAGUUUGGCAGCGAAGAAUGCGGCAGCCAAGGCAGAGAAAGCCAAGCAGAAGAUGGAAGCUGCUCGGGUAAAGGAGGAGAAGGCUACAGCCGGGCCAUCGGAAGCGGAGACAGCAUUGCAAGUCUACUUGGAUGCCAGGAAGAAGUUGGGAGCGCCAAAAGCAGAUAUCAAACUCACUAGCAUUGAUCUCAGGUCGCUUGAUGGUUCGGAGCUACUGUUGGGAACAGAUCUCACCCUGAAUCAGGGCCGGAGGUAUGGAUUGAUUGGCAGGAACGGUGCCGGCAAGAGUACUUUGCUGCGGGAGAUUGCGUACUACAAAUUCGAGAAGUUUCCAAAGAAUCUGAAAGUUCUGAUGGUGGAGCAGGAGGUGAUCGGAGACGAUCGCAAGCCGGUAGACUGGGUGCUCUACAGUGAUGUGGAGCGUCGCCUGCUGCUUGAAGAACAGAAGAACCUCCAGAGCAAAGCUGAUUCCAAGGAUGCCGCCGACUCGGAGCGUCUGAAGCAGAUCGCAGACCGACUUCAAGAGAUCGGAUCAGAUGACGCGGAGCCCAGGGCCACGAAGAUCCUGCGAGGUCUUCAGUUUACUGAGGAGUUGCUGAAUACGCCUACCUCGUCCUUGUCAGGAGGUUGGCGCAUGCGCUUCUCAUUGGCCUCGGCGCUCUUUGCACAGCCAGAGCUGCUACUGCUGGAUGAACCCACGAAUCACUUGGACUUCCCAGCUGUUAUCUACCUGCAGGAUUACUUGCAGUCAUUCAAAAACACUUGCCUCAUUGUCUCCCAUGACCGCGGCUUCUUGAACACAGUUUGCACGGACAUCAUUCUGCUGAAUGGCAGGAAGUUGACCUAUUACAAGGGUGAUUACGAGACCUAUGUGAACACAGUGAAAGAAACCCGACUUGCUCAGCAACGCGCCUACGAUGCGCAGCAAAAAGAGAUCGCACACGUCCUGGAAUUCAUCAACAAACAUGAUGAGCGUCCAAAGAUCGUGGCCCAGAAGGCCAGCAAACAAAAGAUGUUGGACAAGAUGGAGAAGAUAGAGGAUCCUGCCAUCACUUUCAACGACGCUGCUUCGCUGUCGAUCCGCUUCCCUGACCCUGGGCAGCUUCCAAAGAAUGAACUGAUCCAGUUUGACAGCAUCGCCUUCGCCUAUCCAGGGAAAAAUCCACUCUUUGAGAAGGCUACGGCCAAUUUGGACAUCAAGGGACGCAUUGGCAUUUUAGGUGCCAAUGGAGCUGGAAAGAGUACCUUGCUCAAGGUCAUGCAGAAGAAGCUGGUUCCAACUGCAGGGCAGAUCGAGGUGAAUCGAAAUGCCAGAAUAGGCACCUUUGCCCAGCACCAUGUGGAAUCUUUGGACUUGGACGCCACCUGUGUGGAUUGCGUCCAAGCCAGUUUCCCUGGCAUCAGCGACCAGGAGGCUAGAAAUAUCCUGGGCCGUUUUGGCAUCAGUGGUGACAUGGCCCUGCGUCGAAUCAAGACGCUGUCCGGGGGGCAGAAAAGCAGAGUGGCACUGGCCAUUGUGACCUAUCGUCAGCCUCACCUAAUUUAUUUGGAUGAGCCGACAAACCACCUUGACAUGGAAACCAUCGAUGCCUUGGUGGAAGCAAUCAAGGAAUUCCAAGGAGCUGUUGUCAUGGUGAGCCAUGACCAAUAUUUCCUCUCCCAAGUUGCAACGCAGUUCUGGUCAGUAGCAGAUGGCAAAUUGACGGUUUACCGCGAUUUAUCUGAUGCCAAAGCCGCGACUUAUGGACAGUAA